GCCGCAUCUCCUGUGUUUUCCUGCUGCCGUGUGCCUUUGAGGGGGAGAGCGAGCUGGGUGCUGGCGGAGGACAGAAGGAAGACCAACGAGAGGGGGUCGAGGUGGCCUGCAGUGGCUGGGAGGGCCCGAGAAAGGGCGAGGGGACCUGCUCGGAACAGCCUCUCCCAGGCAGGAGAAGCACCCGCCCGCGGGGAAUUUUCUAGAGGCUGGUGGGAUCCCCGCUGGCUCAGCUGGGCAGAGAGCGCACACCCCUGAGGCCCCUCCUGGGGGAUUUUGAGGGACACUGGAGACAGCGGCUUCCGACUUUAAGGGCGCCAGGCCCUGGGCUGCCUGCCGCAGCCACCGCAGGCCAUCGAGCCCUCUCAACAGCCUAGUGACGUGGUCUUAUUUUCGGGCAGGGACGCUGAGCGUCAGAGAGGUUAAGAGCCACCUCCAAGGUCACCACUUGGCUCAGGGCAGAGAGCUGGGAGUGUGGGGCAUUGCAGCACGCUUAUUGGGGGUGCGGCGGUGGACAGGUUCUAGCUGUUGCGGUCCAGGGGAGGGAGACAUGGAGUUCAUCGUCCCCCUGGGAGUCAGGGAUGGGGAAGCUGAGUCCCCUCGCGGGGAGAGGCACGUCCGGUUGCAGGGCCACUCCCCCGCCGCGGGCCAGGGCGUGUCUGCCCUGUCUCCUCUGCUCGCUUUUCCAGGCUGGCCUGGGCGUGCCCUGCAGGCCACAGUCGGGGCGAUUGAGAAAAGGGUCUUGUGUUUGGACAGAGGCGGGGCUGAGUCAUGUCCUCUUGCAACACCCAGAGGGAGGCUGGGCCUUUGUCCCCUCCCAGGGGCUUGUGCAUGUGUGUCUCCCUCCCUCAGACCCACAGGGCCCCGAGGGAGGGUCUUGAAAUUGGGGUGGGGGGGCUUGCUCAUAGCAAAGGUGACGCCGGCUCAGUUCCUAAGCGCCAGGGUUUCGGAGUCAGGUCUCAGCUUGGAUCUUUCCACUGCUCCUCUCAGCUGUGUGGGGCUGCGCAGGGAACUUAGCCUUCCCGACCUCUGAGUCCUCAUCUGUAAAAUGGGGUGUCCUCGGGCCUCUCUUUCACUUUUUGGUGGGAGAAUCAGGUUUGCAAUGCCCUUAGCUUGGUGCUCCGUAGCCCCCUGACUCUGUCCCGUGCCUGUCCCCGUCCCUCACUGCCUGCCUGGUCUAUGUGUGACUGCAGAUCAAACUGGGGGAGGGGGGCAGUCAGUGACCAUAUGUAUACAGCUGGAGUGGUCCUGCUGGCGCCCGGCCACGAGCAUUCGCGUGUCAUCGGUGGCCGUGUGCGCGGGGGCCGUAGAGUCGAGUAGUCGCGACAAAGGCCGUGCAGCCAGGAACGUGGGCUUUGUGGCCCUUGCGGAGGAUUCCCGCCGGUCCCUGAUGGAGACGAUAGAACAGGUCGUGGAAAGGUUAGGAAACAGAUCCGGGCCAAGAAGGCACUCAGCACCCGAGCACCCCGAGGGACACAGGUUCCUCGGUUUGUUUACGUCCCUUCCUGUCUUUGUCCCCGAGCCCUGAUAACUGCCGUCGUGACACGCAUCGUAAAUGAGUUUUGCAGGUUGACUCUGUGCCGGGCUGGAUGGAAGUUACCUAGUUCCCUGUGGCACUCUGUUCCAGGUGUUAUUUCCAUUUCUCAGAUGAGAACACUGAGGCUCGGAGAGCUGCCCCCCCGAGUGACCCAGGACACAGCCUUUGAGUAGCGGAGCUGGGAUGUGACCUCCUGGCCUCAUCUGUCCCCACCGCAGCUGGGGCCUCACGGAGUGCUGAACUGGGCCUCCAGAGAGGACACUGGGGCACCAUGGGGGGUGGGCCCUGCUUUGAUGGUUUUAGGUAAAAAAUGCAAAGCAGCAAGUCAGGGAGGAGAUCCCAGAUUUAGGAGCAGGGGCUCUGGAGAAAGAGAGAGAAAGAGAGAGACUUGGGGUUUCGUCCUGGCUCCCCUGCCUGCUAGCUGUGUGGCCGUGGGCGGGCCACCUUACCUCUCUGAGCCCCAGGCAGUGGGUGGUUAAUAAGGGAGGGUCACAUGGGGUCAUGGCAGGGGUGUUUGAGGACAAAAUGCAAUGGUGUAUGGAAAACCUUGAGCUCGGUACCUGGCAUACCACAAGUGUUCAGUAAGUACGAGCUAAUAUUUUUAAGGCCACACGCUAGCCCGCCCACCCUUCCUCCCUCUCGAACCCCUCUGCGUGCUUUCUGAUGCUCAAGCAGCGGUCAAAACCUCAGAGUUAGUUUUUCCCUUCCUCUCAUCCCACUGGGAUCUGGCAGGCGUCCCCUGGCCGGCCGCCCUCCGCAGCGGGCCGAGGUCUCUGAUUCCCAGGGGCCCUGCCCGAGAGAGCUGCCCUCUGUCGCUGGCUCUCGGAGGGCUGGGCGUGGCGGGCCAGUGUGGCCGGGCAGGGGUGGCCGUCACCGCGGCGAUGGAAUGUUUGGGAGCCGGUUCCCACGGGGAGGGGUUGCAGGGCUGAUGGCUGAGCGUGGGCGCGUGGGCACCGAGCCCCUGUCUGAGGCCACUCUGGCUGUGCCGGCAGGCGGCCUUGCUGAGCAGGCGCAGGGGCCGGAGCUCCGAGAUGAGACUGUCCCGGGGAGAUGUGAGCAGGGCGGGCCGGGCCCUGGCCCGUCGCCGUCGUCGCUGAAGUCGCGCAGCCGGGCGCCCAGGCCGGGGCUGCCGCUGGCGCGGCCGGGCAUGCGGCUGUCGGUGCGCAGGGCGCUGCUGGCGGCCGGCUGCGCGCUGGCCCUGGUGCUGGCGGCGCAGCUGGGGCAGCAGGCGCUCGAGUGCCGCGCGGCGCUGCGCGGGCCGCGGCGGGCCAUGCGGCCCGAGCAGGAGGAGCUGGUGAUGGUGGGCGCGGACCGCGUGCAGUACCGCUACGGCAGGGCCAUGCCGCUCAUCUUCGUGGGCGGCGUGCCCCGCAGCGGCACCACGCUGAUGCGCGCCAUGCUGGACGCGCACCCCGAGGUGCGCUGCGGGGAGGAGACGCGCAUCAUCCCGCGCGUGCUGGCCAUGCGCCAGGCCUGGGCCCGGUCCGGCCGCGAGAAGCAGCGGCUGGACGAGGCGGGCGUGACGGAGGAGGUGCUGGACGCGGCCAUGCAGGCCUUCAUCCUGGAGGUGAUCGCCAAGCACGGCGAGCCGGCGCGCGUGCUCUGCAACAAGGACCCCUUCACGCUCAAGUCCUCCGUCUACCUGUCCGGCCUGUUCCCCAACUCCAAGUUCCUGCUGAUGGUGCGGGACGGCCGCGCCUCGGUGCACUCCAUGAUCACGCGCAAGGUCACCAUCGCCGGCUUCGACCUCAGCAGCUACCGCGACUGCCUCACCAAGUGGAACAAGGCCAUCGAGGUGAUGUACGCGCAGUGCAUGGAGGUGGGCAAGGACAAGUGCCUGCCCGUGUACUACGAGCAGCUGGUGCUGCACCCCCACCGCUCCCUGCAGCUCAUCCUCGACUUCCUCGGCAUCGCCUGGAGCGACGCGGUGCUGCACCACGAGGACCUCAUCGGCAAGCCGGGCGGUGUCUCCCUGUCCAAGAUUGAGCGGUCCACGGACCAGGUCAUCAAGCCCGUGAACCUGGAAGCGCUCACCAGAUGGACGGGCCACAUCCCUGCGGACGUGGUGCGGGACAUGGCCCAGAUCGCCCCCAUGCUGGCUCGGCUGGGCUACGACCCCUACGCAAACCCGCCCAACUAUGGCAACCCCGACCCCAUCGUCAUCAACAACACGCACCGGGUCUUGAAAGGCGACUACAAAACACCAGCCAAUCUGAAAGGAUAUUUUCAGGUGAACCGGAACGGCACCUCCUCCCCCUUAGGAAGCUCGUGAUUUCCAGAUCUCUGCAAAUGGCUUUGUUGCCAGGAAGAGAAGAAACCGCCUUCGAAUGGAAAUCGGAACUCUAAUCCAAGCAUAUUGCUUGCAAUUAAUUGCCAAAACAGGACUGCUAAUGAGGAAUGUAUUUGCAUAUGUUUGCAAAAGUUGAAUCAUUGAAAACAUACCUUGAAACUCUCUAUCGGUGGUCACUGUAGGGUGGAGAGGAAAGAGUAUGGAAGUAGUCCAGCUUUUGAAACUUAGGUCUUUUAUAUUUUUUCCCCUCAAGAACUUUUUCUUAAGAAGUGGGAUCUGCCGUCCUCCUUAAUCUGCAGGACCGCCCUUGUGGCUUUGUUUGCUGGGACAAGGCCCACAACCUGUGCCUCUCCUAUUGACCCUUACUUUGAAUUCAAAGAAUCUAUUUAAGAAUUUAAUAUAUGAGGCUUUCUUUGAUUCUUCCUCGGUUCUACUCAGUUUCACAGAGGAAAAAAAUACAUGAAUUUGAAUAAAGUGAACAGCGACUCAUUUUCUCUGCCUUACUUUA